AAGGAGCCCAGGCAGGAGCAAACCUGACUGAAGAGAGAAGGCAACAGAGACAGAGCAGAGUGGGACUGGACGUCGAACGCAGACGCCGAGCCUUCAGGGUCCGUGGAGAACAUGAGCCCUAGUCCGGAUUCGCCGUGGACGUCACCGUGCCUGUGGACGCCCUCCUUGCCCGCAGGAUGACGCACAGGCUUGACCCGCCCAGCCCUGCCCUGGGACACACCACUGGUGUCCCCGUAGAGGCCUCCCUCAGGAGCAGCCUUUUUUCUGGCCUUCUGUUCCUUCUGGCCUGGGCCUUGGCCCAGCUGUGGAGGGUGGGACUCCAGCCCAAGCCUAGAGGAGAAGCAAAGCUUGUGAGCCCUGAAGCUGGAGCUGAAGAGGAGGAGAGCACUUUUGUCCAGGCUCCAGGACCUUGGCCUGAAGUCAGAAGAGCUUGGGCCAGCCCUAGCCCCCUGCCCUGGGCUAAGCAAGUGAGGAAAGAGGGUGAUGAAGGAACCGCUGAAGGCCCAACCGGCUGUGGGUCUGGAGAACAGAAGGUCCAUGAAGGAGCAGCCAGGAGAGAGAAGCCUGGCGGUAGGCCUGCAGGCCCGGCCCAGCAAGACGAUGGACAGGGGGCAGAGGGAGCAGCUAGAGACCUCCUCAUGGGACAAAGAGCCCUCUGGCCUGGAGAAGGCAUGGUGGAUGAGAAUGAAGAUGCAGGAGAACAGGCCCCAGGAGCAGCUGAACAAAGCCCCCCUUCCCAUGUGGACGGUGGCCCUCAAGGGCUCUGGCCCUUGGCCUGGCAGCUUAGAGAAGAGGCGGAUAAGAGGGGAAUGGGGGGAGCUGAAGAAAGUAAUAGUGAAGGAGGAGUAGGCAGGCAGCCUCCUGUGCUCACCAGCCCCCUGCUCAGGGCCUGGGCCUACAGACCUGGAGAGGAUGAAGACGAGGAUGAGGAAGAUGUGUCUGAUGGGGAAGGAGAUGAUGAGGAAGGAGGGGAUGAGGAUGAGGAAGAUGUGUCUGAUGGGGAAGGAGGAGCUGGCAGCCCCCUGCUCAGGGCCUGGGCCUAUAGACCUGGAGAAGAUGAAGAUGAGGAUGAGGUAGAUGUGUCUGAUGGAGAAGGAGGGGACGAGGGUGAGGAAGAUGUGUCUGAUGGGGAAGGAGGAGCUGGCAGCCCCCUGCUCAGGGCCUGGGCCUACAGACCUGGAGAAGAUGAAGAUGAGGAUGAGGUAGAUGUGUCUGAUGGAGAAGGAGGAGACGAGGAUGAGGAAGAUGUGUCUGAUGGGGAAGGAGGAGCUGGCAGCCCCCUGCUCAGGGCCUGGGCCUACAGACCUGGAGAGGAUGAAGAUGAAGAUGAGGUAGAUGUGUCUGAUGGGGAAGGAGAUGAUGAGGAAGGAGGGGACGAGGAUGAGGAAGAUGUGUCUGAUGGGGAAGGAGAUGGUGAGGAAGGAGGGGACGAGGAUGAGGAAGAUGUGUCUGAUGGGGAAGGAGGAGCUGGCAGCCCCCUGCUCAGGGCCUGGGCCUAUAGACCUGGAGAAGAUGAAGAUGAGGAUGAGGUAGAUGUGUCUGAUGGAGAAGGAGGAGACGAGGAUGAGGAAGAUGUGUCUGAUGGGGAAGGAGGAGCUGGCAGCCCCCUGCUCAGGGCCUGGGCAUGCCAGCCUGAAGAAGAGAAUGAGGACCAGGAAGAUGCCAAAGGAGAAACUGUAUGCAAUGUGGGCCCUGGGCUGCAGACCUUCCGUGUUUCCAUCUUCGUUCCUGGGGCUGAGCGGCCACCCCCCUGGCCCUCACCCCAGCUACCCCAGAGGCUGAAGAGGCGCCUGCCGCCCCGACGGCCCCCUGUGGAGCUAAAGCCUGAGUCCCCUCCAGGCAGAAAGGUCCGAUUCUCCAGCACCGUGGAGCUUCACCUCCUUGUGGUAUGGGCAGGUCCUGCCCAUGCUGCCCGCCGGGGUCCAUGGGAGCAGCUGGCACGCGAUCGGAGUCGCUUCAUGCGUCGUAUUGCCCAAGUCGAGGUCCAGCUGGGCCCUUUCUUGUGCCCUGACGCACGUGCCCGUGCUUGGGCGCGUCUCCAAGCACAGACCAUUUCCCCAGAGCUACGGAAGCCCUCCUCCCCACCCGCUGUUGUCCUGUCUUCCUUCCAAGACGGGCCCUGCCACCCCCCCUCCCACCCCCCCUCCCCUAGCCAGUAGCUUGGUCAAAGUCAGCCUCAGCAUAGAACCCUAGAAAGAAGCCUGGGCUAAGCCUUGCUUAGCCAUCUCCUUCUUGUAGGCGGGUGGCAUAUGUGGGAGGAGCCUUCUUGAGAAGGUCUUCUGGGGGUGGGUAGGGUCAAUUGGUAGACUGUCAACUCCAGGAGGGCAGAAAGUAUUUGAUUACCCUUGUCUUUAUCCCUAAUGCCUCACAUAAUAAUCGUUUAAUAAAGAUUUGUUGAAAGUA